CUCUGCACAAAGCGUUUGUGUGACAAUAACAAAUGAUCAGAAAUGUCAAAGGAAACAAGUUAUGGUCUGACAUUUUUAGAAUUUGCUUUAAUCUCGAGCUUAUUCGGCCUUGGUCAAAUAAAAAAAAUGAGUGGAAUGAUGCUUGUCACGUUCAGAAAUUACUUUUCUAAUUUUGGUAAAACAGUGACCAAAAAAAAUGUAAAAGGGUUUCAGACAUUCCUAAAGCUACAAAAUAAUUUUCACUGCUCAAAACUGACUGAAGUACACCGCUGCAGAUGUUCACUUGGCAAAUGUAGACAAUUAUUUCCGACAAAUAAAUCAAAUCUGUUACUUUCUAAUAUGCAUGGGAAAUACUUUUCCUCAGAUAUUAAACAAACUACAGUGCCUGCAUGCUCAAAAAACAAUAAUGAAAACAGUUAUCUUCAGUGUAGUGACAAAAAUACUUUUGGGGUACUUUCAAAAGAUAUGAAAGUCAUCAAAGAUUUUAUCUCAGAAGAAGAGGAGCAGCAGAUACUGACAGAAAUUGAACCAUACCUUAAAAGACUACGAUAUGAAACAGCACAUUGGGAUGAUGCAAUACAUGGAUUUCGAGAGACAGAAAAAAGUAAAUGGACAGAGAAAAAUAAUGCCAUAAUUCAACGUGUACGAGAUGUGGCAUUUCCUCCCGGUGUAAAGCAAAUAUCAUAUGUGCAUGUUCUUGAUCUGAAGAAAGAUGGAUUCAUAAAACCACAUGUGGACGCUGUUAAGUUUUGUGGCAGCACCAUAUCCGGCAUAUCAUUGCUAUCUUCAUCUGUCAUGCGCCUGGUUAACUCAGAAGAUAAAAGCAAGUUCGCAGAUGUUUUGUUGGAGAGAAGGUCACUCUAUAUCAUGAAAGAUGAAGCCAGGUAUAAGUACUCACACGAAAUUCUAAAGGAAGAAGAGUCCAUCUUUAAAGGCAAGGCAGUACCAAAGGAUAGAAGGAUAUCUGUGAUUUGCAGGAAUCAACCUUAAAACAGUUACUAAGAUGUGUAAUCAUUUAAUAUGCAUAAGCAUUACAAACAGACAUACAGAAUAACAACUUUACUGUUAGCUAUAUAUAUAUAUGAGCUUAGCUGAGACAAGAAAUGAGAAUACCAACAAUUUGAUGACCAGAUAGCUAUAUAUAUAUAUAUGAGCUUAGCUGAGACAAGAAAAGAGAAUACCAACAAUUUGAUGACCAGCAUUUGUCACUGGCUCCCGGGUUCCCAAGAAAGUCAAAUUUUACGGAGGGAUACCUGAGAAUCUCCAAGUCAGAUUUCCAGCCAGGACACCAUAGUUAUCAAGCAGAAAGUUCGAUAGAAACCACAGACAUAUCAUGUUAUAGCAUUUCCUCCAUAUGCUUGUAAUAUAGCUGGAUGCGUUUUCUGCACUGUAUUUCUUUGUGUACAAGGUUAUUCAAAAAGUUCUGGUAUAAAUGAUAUAACAUGUUAAACUUGGCCAUUUUACUCAACACACCAUUUCACGUCCACAACUCCGGACAAAAUUAUACUACGUCUUAAUACUAUUAAUGUCUUUUUGACACUGUUGUUCAAUCAUACGUUUCUUUAUGUAUGACGUGACGGCUAAGUGAAAUAAAGAUGCUUGUUC